AUGGAUUAAUAAAACAAUUGUGAUGAACUACAACAAAAAGAAAUCUUAUUAAAAACUGAAAUAAUUGACAAAGGAUAUGAUACUGAAAAAUUUAUAAGUUUUAUGGAACAAUAGAAAGAGAACGGUACACUCCAAAAAUAAAUUUACGAUUAGGUGGAUAAGACAUCGACAUGUGGACAUAUCAAGAACUAAUUUAAGCAAUUGCUUCAUUUUAAUAGUUAAGUUCACAAUAAUUAGAUCAAUAAUUUCAAGCUAAUUUUUCUGAUAGAAAAUCAGAUAUAGAGGAUAAAAAUUUAUAAUAUGUAGUAUAGUAGCAAGAAAAUUCAUAUUAAAAAAUUGAAAAUCAAAAUAAAGAAUAAGAGUAAUUACUAAAUAGUGAACUUAAUAUAAUAUCAGAUUAAUCUAAAAUUCAUUUAUGCAAGGUCUAAGAUAAAAAAUAAAUAUUGAAAUCUGAUGAAAUAAACGUUUUUAUUACAAAAUAUUAAAGAAUAUCCGGGGGUAUUUUCACAUCAUCUUAUUAUUCAUAUACUGUGUAAACAGAUCCAAUAGGCUGGAAUGUUUAAAGGAGAUAUAGUGAUUUCUUAUGGUUGAGAGAAUUAUUAUGCAAAAUUUAUCCUGGAAAAAGUGUAAAUAUUUGUUAUUUAAAUUAGAUUGCUCCAAUACCUAAAAAGUCUGUUCUUAAAAAUGAAAAUGAAUUGUAUCUUCACAAACGUAUGAAAUUUUUAGAGGUAAUUAUGUUUAUUCAUUUAGAAUUUCUUAAAAUCAAUAUUUAAAUGUGAAUUAUUAAGACAUGAUAAAUGGUUUUUUGCAUUUUUAUCAUCAAAAGAUGAAAAAGAUUUUAAAUAAAUCUAAAAAUUGAGUACUUAAGUCUAAAAAGUAACUAAAUUAGAAUAGAUUAUUUCAAUUGAUGGUAAAAUUUAAUUAGAAAAUAAUGAAAAUUUGAGUGCUUAUAAUUUAGAAGCAACCUAAUUAAUUAAUUCAGUUGAUAUAUGUUAUAAAAAAUUAAGAAAGGAAUCUAAAUAAUUAUUACUAGAUUUUGAUUAAUUAUCUAAUACUAUUUUUAAUAUGGGAUCAACUUGUGCUGAACUUUAUUAAUUAUCAAAUAAGUUUAAUUAAUCCAUUCCUUAAGGUAAAAUUUAAAAAUUAGAUAUAUUAUAUAUAUCAAUGAAUAAUAUGCUAGUUUAAUGGGGUAAUAAUUUAACAGCUCAAAUUAAAAUAGUUUAAGAAGAACUUUGUUAUUUCUUUAAAUUUCAUCAUCAUUCAAUUUUAGUAUUAAAAGAAGUAAUAAUCUCACAUAUUCAAGUUUAUGAAAUUAAAAGACUAAGCUCAAUAAGAAUAUGAUAAAUUUAAAUCUAAAUUGGAACUAAAGAAAAACAAAUUAUUUACAACGCAGGACUUCAACAAAUGGGAAAUUCCAGCUAUUUAGCUUAAAGCCUUAUAAGAUAGCAACCUAACUUAAAAUAAAGAAAUAAGUUUUUAAAUUAUGCUACCAUAAGAAACUGAAAUUCAAGAAGAUCUAAAAAAUUUCUUAAGUUAUUAUAAUAUCUAAUCAAAUGUGGAAGUAACGAGACUUCUUGAAAAUACAGUUUCUGAAUUUUCAAAGCAUUUUACAACAUUUUGUAGUCUUCAAAAAGAAUAAAUAGCAGAAGUAAUUCUAUAUAAUAUAAUUAAAAUUAGCAAAAGUUAAUAUGGGAUCAAAGCAUAGUAAAUUUAACUAAUUUGCAAUAUCCAAAAGAACUAAUUAAAAAAUCUACUUGA